AUGACUCUGCGAGGAGGCUUUGAGAAAGCGUGGAUUGGCUGCCACAGAAAUGUCUGCUGCUGGGUGUUGCUGCUGGCUUGUUAUUUCUUGAUCGCCUUGGCAGCCAAACCCAAAAUGCCAGGCCACACACACCUCAAUUCAAUACGCAUUGAUGGCGACAUUUCUCUGGGUGGACUGUUCCCAGUGCAUGCAAGGGGAAACGAUGGCAAAGCUUGUGGAGAGCUCAAGAAGGAGAAAGGGAUCCAUAGGUUGGAGGCCAUGUUAUUUGCCCUGGAUCGUAUCAAUAAUGACAAUGAGCUGCUGCCUAAUAUCACUCUGGGGGCACGUAUCCUGGACACAUGCUCCCGGGACACCCAUGCUCUGGAACAGUCGCUGACAUUUGUUCAGGCACUGAUUGAGAAAGAUUCAACUGAUGUCAAGUGUCUCAGCGGAGGGCCGCCCAUCAUCACUAAGCCUGAGAGAGUGGUGGGAGUGAUUGGUGCAUCUGCCAGCUCCGUGUCAAUCAUGGUAGCCAACAUAUUGCGUCUCUUCAAGAUCCCUCAGGUGAGCUAUGCCUCCACGGCACCGGAGCUGAGUGAUAACACCCGCUACGAUUUCUUCUCCCGGGUGGUGCCUCCAGACACCUACCAGGCCCAGGCCAUGGUGGACAUUGUCAAAGCCAUGCGCUGGAAUUACGUCUCCACGGUAGCUUCUGAGGGAAACUACGGAGAAAGUGGGGUUGAUGCGUUCAUUCAAAAGUCUCGAGAGGACGGUGGUCUGUGCAUCUCCCAGUCUGUGAAAAUACCACGUGAACCAAGAUCUGGAGAGUUUGACAAGAUCAUUCGCAGGCUGAGUGAGAACCCGAAUGCCCGAGUAGUCAUUAUCUUUGCCAAUGAGGAUGAUAUCAGGCGACUCCUUCAAGCAGCUAAGAAGGCCAAUCAAACAGGCCAUUUUAUCUGGGUAGGUUCAGACAGCUGGGGCUCCAAAAUCUCCCCAAUACUGAACCAGGAAGAAAUGGCAGAAGGUGCUGUCACCAUCCUGCCCAAACGACAGUCCAUCAAAGGUUUUGAUCGCUACUUCAUCAGCCGAACACUAGAGAACAACAGAAGGAAUAUCUGGUUUGCAGAGUUCUGGGAGAAUAAUUUCCAAUGCAAGCUCAGUCGGCAUGCGGUGAAGAAAGGAUCUGGCAUCAAAAAAUGCACAAACCACGAGCGGAUCGGGAAAGAUUCAUCGUACGAACAAGAGGGGAAGGUUCAGUUUGUGAUUGACGCAGUUUACGCCACGGCUCAUGCCCUACAUAACAUGCACAAAGAUCUUUGUCCAGGAAAAGUCGGCCUCUGCUCCAAGAUGGAAACCAUCAACGGCACACUGCUGCUAAAAUACAUCCGCAAUGUCAACUUCACAGGAAUUGCUGGCACCCCAGUGGUCUUCAACGUGAAUGGAGAUGCUCCUGGUCGCUAUGAAAUCUACCAAUACCAGAUCACAAAUAACACCACAGAAUACAAGAUCAUUGGUCACUGGACAGAUCAGCUGCACUUAGACACCAAUGAGAUGCAGUGGCCUGGUGCAACACAAGAAGUCCCCUACUCUAUAUGCAGCCAACCCUGCCGUCUUGGGCAGCGCAAGAAGACAGUGAAGGGAAUUCCAUGUUGCUGGCACUGCGAGAACUGUGAUGGUUACCAGUAUCAGGCAGACACUUACACCUGUAAGAUGUGUCGCUUUGAUUUGAGGCCAAAUGAGAACCACACUGGCUGUGAUCCCAUUCCCAUUGUCAAACUGGAGUGGAGCUCCCCGUGGGCAGUCAUCCCUGUCCUCAUCGCUGUCCUGGGCAUCAUGGCCACUCUGUUUGUGGUCGUCACCUUUGUACGCUACAAUGACACACCCAUUGUUAAGGCAUCAGGUCGAGAACUGAGCUAUGUGCUGCUGACAGGGAUCUUUCUGUGCUAUGCUACAACAUUCCUCAUGAUCUCUACUCCUGAUGUGUUUAUAUGCUCCCUGCGAAGGAUUUUCCUGGGCCUGGGUAUGAGCAUAAGCUAUGCAGCACUGCUUACCAAGACAAAUCGGAUCUACAGGAUUUUUGAGCAGGGCAAGAUGUCGGUCAGUGCCCCUCGAUUCAUCUCUCCAGCCUCCCAGUUAGUCAUCACAUUCAGCCUGAUAUCAGUGCAGCUCCUUGGAGUGUGCAUCUGGUUUGGUGUUGACCCAUCACAAGCAAUCAUCGACUACGAAGACCAGCGUACAGCCAAUCCUAAAAAGGCCCGGGGUGUUCUGAAAUGUGAUAUAUCAGACCUGUCCCUCAUCUGUCUGCUGGGUUAUAGCAUGCUGCUGAUGGUCACCUGCACAGUUUACGCCAUCAAGACCAGAGGGGUUCCCGAGACUUUCAACGAAGCCAAGCCCAUCGGCUUCACCAUGUACACCACCUGCAUCGUAUGGCUUGCCUUUAUCCCCAUCUUCUUUGGGACCUCACAAUCAGCAGAAAAGAUGUAUAUCCAGACCACAACCCUGACCAUCUCUGUAAGCCUCAGUGCAUCAGUAUCCUUGGGAAUGCUCUACAUGCCUAAGGUCUACGUGGUUCUCUUCCAUCCAGAGCAGAACGUACCUAAGCGCAAGCGCAGCUUGAAGGCUGUGGUCACUGCAGCCACCAUGUCCAACAAGUUCAACCCUAAAGGCGGCCUGAGGCCCAAUGGAGAGGCCAAGUCUGAACUCUGUGAAAGUCUUGAAACACAAGUGUUGGCCUCCAAGCAGACAUACAUAAGCUACAGUAACCAUGCCAUCUAAACCAGAGACGAAUCUUGGAAGCGGAGCAAGAGCCUGCCUGAGAAGAAAUCACCUGAUUCUGGGGAAU